UGUACCGGAGACACACCAAACGCAGGAAACAAAUAUCUUGCGUGUUCAACAUACGCGCUGCGCCAAUAAACCUGAUUCUGAUUCCAAAGUGCGACUUCCGAGUCUCGCGAGAAGCUGCUUAUUUACGAUGUUAUUAUAAACUAGUAUUAUAAAACCCUGCAGCGACUACUGGAUAUUUGUAAAUAUAUUACAUUUCGGGGUAUAAUUUUUUGAAGGAAAAAAAAGAAAAACUGAUUAUGCAAAUAUGCCCUGCUCUGAAGUUACAACGCUGGAAAAUGAAUCGACUUCCCCGGCGAAACGCGGCAGGACGGAGGAUGCAGCCGGAGGGAGAUUCGUGCUGAAAUUCGCCCGGUUGUCCGAAAACGCCACAAUCCCGACGAGAGGCUCCACCAGAGCUGCCGGUUACGACCUUUACAGCGCCUAUGAAUAUGCCCUGGCGCCGAUGGACAAAGCGUUGGUGAAAACGGACAUCCAGAUCGCCGUCCCCCCGGGCUGUUACGGUCGGGUCGCUCCGCGCUCUGGUUUGGCGGCGAAAAACUUUAUAGAUGUCGGAGCCGGCGUGGUGGACGAGGACUACAGGGGAAAUGUCGGCAUCGUGCUCUUCAAUUUCGGGAAGGAGACCUUUCAAGUGAAGAAAGGCGACCGUGUAGCACAGCUGAUCUGUGAGAGAAUCUGCUACCCGGAGCUAGAGGAACAUGAGAGCCUGGACGAAACUGCGAGGGGGGCCGGUGGCUUUGGAUCGACGGGUAGAAACUGAAAGUGUGUUUUUUUUUACCUGCACAUACUUGAAUUGUUUUAAAUGUGUAUUAUGGAUUGUUGUGAGUUGCGCCACAUUUUGAAGGUCUUACUUGGUGCUGUUUUCAUUGAGAAUUGCAAUAAAGUUUCAGGGAAACGCA